GUUUAGGUCGUCAGCGAAGGUUGUUGUGAAGGAAGAUUAGAUUUUCGGGCGACUUGCAAUUAUUCCUUUCGUCGGUUCUGACUUGAGAUUGCAGAAUAUGAAGAUCAACAUCGCCAACCCCGCCACGGGGGCCCAAAAACUCAUCGACCUCGAUGAUGAGAAACGUUACCGUGUUUUCUUUGACAAAAAGAUGUCGCAAGAGGUCCCUGCAGACUCCAUCGGUGAUGAAUUUGCUGGCUACAUCUUCCGGAUAACUGGUGGAAACGACAAGCAGGGUUUCCCUAUGAAGCAGGGUGUUCUUCUUCCUUACCGUACCCGUCUUCUCCUUUCCGAUGGCCACUCGUGCUAUCGUCCCCGUCGAACUGGUGAGCGCAAGCGUAAAUCUGUUCGUGGCUGCAUCGUUGGUCCCGAUAUCGCCGUCCUAUCGGUCGUCAUCGUCAAGCAGGGUGAGCAGGAAAUCCCCGGUUUAACCGACACAGUCCUACCGAAGCGGCUCGGCCCGAAAAGGGCAACGAAGAUCAGGAGGUUCUUCAACUUGUCGAAGGAGGAUGAUGUGAGAAAAUACGUUGUUAGAAGAGAAGUUGUGAGCAAGAAGAAGGAGGGUGCUAAGCCUUACACUAAGGCUCCCAAGAUCCAACGACUUGUCACUCCUAUGCGUCUCCAGCGUCGUCGCCACCUUCGCUCAAUCAAACGCCGCAAGCUAGAGCACCAGAAGGAGCAGAAGACGGAGUACGAUACCUUGCUUGCCAAGCGUGUUGCGGAGAAGAAGGCCAAGGUCGCAGCCAUCAAAGCCAGCCACCACAAGACGGCUUGAAAAACCUAUGUCUUGGGUUGGGAUUGAUGUACUACCGAAUACCUUACAGAGACUCUUUGUUACAUGCUUUGUCGCGCAACUUGCCAUACUGUGCUAACACUAAGUUUUAAACUUUACGCACACGUCCACUUUACAAAUACUGCCUAUGUCUUAUGUUGUCCGCAAUGAGUAUGUAUUUCGUUCGAAAAAGUGGAGUAGCGAGAACAUUCACCAGAAAUGUGGCCCUGUAGAGGCGCUUAUUUAACCUGUGUGAUAAUUUUUUGCGUAGCUUUGAUCUUUUACGC